AGUUGCAUCCUAGCCCACAAGAAGAGACAUGUUUGCAGGUACUGUUUACGGGGAAAAAACCCAGGGCAGUGCAAGUGCAAUUGUCCUGCACCUAAGAAGAGAAAAGAAAGAAAAAAGAAGGGCAGAAUCUUACAAAAGACAACCUAGACAUUUUAUGUCUUAAGAACUCAGCUUGGUAACUGUCAAGUUAGAAGCUCCAAGAUACAGCCAGAUAAGGACAUGGGCUGAAUUCCACUUAUGGGGAAGACCCUGUGAACGUGCUGCCGCCCUCAAGGAAAUUACAACCUAAAACUACAGCGGCAGUUAUGCUGGUUAGAUGAGCAUACUCUAGAUUGAAAAGCAUGGGCUUCCGAAUCGAAUAAACAGGAGGAGAUGCCUCUUUGUAAAUAUUAAUAAGAGUGAAACAGAGAGAUAAGAGAGUUAGUUACAGGGCCCUUUCCACAGGCAGAAAUCUUUAGAAGUUUAACAAAAUUGAGGAUAAAUAAGACAGACACAUGGGGUUAAGACAGGUUCUAGAACAGCUCCACUCCUGCUCAUCCCCCAAAUUACAGAGCCCCAAACAAGUGUGGAGUAGCUUAAAAACCUGGAAGGCAGAGGUGACAGUGAGAAACCUGACCAGGCACCACUGGGGGCAGCAGUCAGGCGGGUUCAGCCAGGUAAACAGAGCCAGGGUCUCCUGGCUUGACUCCCCUCCUGGGGGCCCCACGCCUUUUAAAUCGAGAGUGGGCAAAACAGUCAGGGGAUAGAGAAGAGAAAUUUCAGGACUCCUCGAUGUGGAAAUGCAUGAACUGUGGUACCCAAACCCCCCGGGGAAGCUACGAUUAGAUUCAAAGAAUAGAGAAGUGUAAGGAUCGCUAAGAUCAUGAAAACUGGAAUGUUUAAACAAGCUUUCUCUACAGAAGUUAUGUCGGCUUCAUCUGAAAGUUUCCUGGGAGUGAUACCAGGCCUGGCUGUGCACACUUCUCCUACCAGGAUUGUAAAGCCAGGACCUGUCGACGGGCCUAACGGAGGCAACGUCUCAGAAGGUGGCAUUAAGGAACUGAAGCCCAGAGUGGCUGCGUGACUUGCCUGGGUCUCACAGUGACGAGGUCAAAAAAUGUGUCUUGUUCUCCUCCCACGCUGGGCUCUCGUCCCCCCUCGCCUGCUGGUUGGGAAAACUCACCUACGUUGUCAGAGGCCGCAUCCUGGAAUUUGGAGUUUGACCUGCAAGAAAGUUCUGUCAGCAGCAGGCAGUGCAGGAGGGAGGCCGCCACUGUCCUCCAGCUCGGGCAGCAAGCAACAGGGGCCCAGGUGUCCCCUUCCCCACAGCCGCCCCUGCUGCCGCCUUCUGCCUCAGAGACACCGACAGGCUCCAGGACAGGUGGGCCCUGCGCCCAGGAAGCCCACAGGUGAGGUGUACACACGGAGACCCAGCGAGAUAAGGCAUUUGAAUUGCCAUCAGCAACAAAGCCUUAGGGGCUGUAGCACUGGCCAAGGCUGCUGUGAACUGCGCAGCAAGGAGGCGUCUUCGCUGGUCCUGUGGGGCCGUCUGUCCAGCUGGCACAGCCACCGCAAUUCAGGCGCGGCCUGGGAGCUCUUCAGAGACUCGCCCACGGUCUGCACCCGGCCCGAGGGUCUCAGCACCAUGGACAGCGGCCCCAGCAGCCCCCCACCCACACACUCUGAUCCCCUGGAGGCAUUUCCCCAGAGGAGCCUGGAGGCAGGUGACAUCGCAGUGCUGGUUCUCUACUUCGUCUUCGUCCUCGCCGUGGGACUCUGGUCCACAGUGAAGACCAAGAGAGACACAGUGAAGGGCUACUUCCUGGCCGGAGGCGACAUGGUGUGGUGGCCAGUAGGUGCCUCCUUGUUUGCCAGCAACAUUGGAAGUGGACAUUUCGUUGGCCUAGCAGGCUCGGGCGCCGCUGCGGGCAUUUCUGUAGCUGCUUAUGAAUUUAUUGGUUUGUUUUCCGUGCUGACCCUGGCCUGGAUCUUCCUCCCCAUCUACAUCGCAGGGCAGGUCACCACGAUGCCAGAAUACCUCAGGAAACGCUUUGGCGGUAACAGGAUCGCCGCCAGUCUGGCUGUGCUCUACCUGUUUAUCUACAUCUUCACCAAGAUCUCGGUGGACAUGUAUGCGGGCGCCAUCUUCAUUCAGCAGUCUUUGCACCUGGAUCUGUACCUGGCCACCGCGGGGCUGCUGGCCAUCACAGCUGUGUACACUGUCACAGGUGGCCUGGCUGCGGUGAUCUACACGGAUGCCCUCCAGACUGUGAUCAUGCUUGUGGGAGCGCUGACCCUGAUGGGCUACAGUUUUGCCGCCGUGGGCGGGUUGGAAGGCCUGACGGAGAAGUACUUCCUGGCGCUGGCCUCCAACCGGAGUGAAAACAACAGCUGCGGGCUGCCCCGGGAAGACGCCUUCCACAUCUUCCGGGACCCGCUGACCUCCGACCUGCCGUGGCCCGGGAUCCUGUUCGGAAUGUCCAUGCCGUCCCUGUGGUACUGGUGCACGGACCAGGUGAUCGUUCAGCGGAGUCUGGCUGCCAAGAACCUGUCGCACGCCAAAGGCGGCUCCCUGAUGGCCGCGUACCUGAAGGUGCUGCCGCUUUUCAUGAUGGUGUUCCCCGGCAUGGUCAGCCGCGUGCUCUUCACAGAUCAAGUGGCCUGUGCAGACCCGGAAAUCUGCCAGAAGGUUUGUGGCAACCCAUCCGGCUGCUCCGACAUCGCGUACCCCAAACUCGUGCUGGAAAUCCUGCCCACAGGGCUGCGUGGCCUCAUGAUCGCUGUGAUGGUGGCGGCGCUCAUGUCUUCCCUCACCUCCAUCUUUAACAGUGCCAGCACCAUCUUCACCAUGGACCUGUGGAACCGCCUGCGGCCCCGGGCGUCUGAGCAGGAGCUCAUGAUUGUGGGCAGGGUGUUCGUGCUGCUGCUGGUGCUGGUCUCCAUCCUCUGGAUCCCCGUGAUCCAGGCCAGCCAGGGCGGCCAGCUCUUCAUCUACAUCCAGUCCAUCAGCUCCUACCUGCAGCCGCCCGUGGCCGUGGUCUUCAUCGUGGGCUGUUUCUGGAAGCGAGCCAACGAAAAGGGAGCCUUCUGGGGUCUGACCUUGGGCCUUCUCCUAGGCUUGAUCCGGCUGGUCCUGGACUUCAUUUACCCACAGCCACGCUGCGACCAGCAGGACACGCGCCCCUCCGUGGUCAAGGACGUUCACUACCUCUAUUUCUCCAUGGUCCUGUCCGCCGUCACCCUGGUCAGCGUGUCCGUCGUGAGCUGGGUCACAGAGCCGCCCUCCAAGGAGAUGGUCAGCCGCCUUACUUGGUUCACUCGUCAAGACCCCGUGGUCCAGAAGGCACAGGGGCCACCAGCAACCGCCCUGCCUCCUGCACUCGCUCAGAAUGGGACGGCCGAGGCCAGAGGCCCCAGCACCCAGCUGGACAUGGUUCUUCAGGACAAGCCCAAGACGCACAGUGGGGAUGUGACCCCAAAGAAGUCCAGGGUGCUGAGAGCCAUCCUGUGGCUCUGUGGAAUGGGGGGCCAGGGCCAGGCACAGCCCCGGAGCAGAGUGGAACCCGUCAUCACCUCCUCGGAGGAAAACCCCUUGGUGAAAACCCUCCUAGACAUCAGUCUCAUCGUGUGCGUCAGCUGUGGUAUCUUCCUCUGGGGCUACUUUGCUUAGCGAGUGGUCAGCCCAGGCGUCCACGCUUUCGGGGCUUGCCAUGCACUGGUUUUUUUUAAUGAAGGAAAAAAUAAAGCUGUGUUUGUUUACAA